AUGCGCAAUCUCAGUCUUUUCCUAGCCGCUGGCGUUCUGGCGGUCCAGGUUGCUGGCAGCGGCUGGCUUCCCGGCCAGCGUGCAGUAUACAACAAGUGGCACGAGAGCGAGCUCGAGAGAUGGCUCUCUGACCACGGCAUCCCGCACCCUAAGCCGGCGGACCGAAAAGAUAUUGAGGAUCUCGUUGAGAAGAACUGGAAGGACUACGUCAUCGAGCCCUACCGCAAAUGGAGCCCCUCUCAGCUUAGCGCCUUUCUAGUAUCCCGAGGCAAGGAGGCAAAGGCAGGUGCCGAUGAAACGGUCGAGAGCUUGCUUGAGAGCGUCAAGGCCAACUGGUACUCGUCGGAAGAGGCUGCUGGCAAGGCCACUGCGGAGACCAAGGACUGGAUUCUCAACACCUGGUCCGAUAGCCAGCUUAAGGCGCUCUGUGACAAGCAGGGCAUUCCCGUUCCUGCUACUAGCAACCGCGAUGCGCUGUUGGCCAAAGCUCGGCGUGGCUUCGAGGUCGGCUCCAAAGCGGCUGGUGAAACUCUCUCGUACCCUGGCGACUGGCUCUACGAGUCUUGGUCGGAUUCGGAUCUCAAGAAGUGGCUCGACACGAAUGGCAUCCCCGCCCCCCAGCGCUCGAAUCGCAACGCUUUGGUGGCUGCCGUCCGCCGCAAUUCCCAUCUUGCCUACCUCAAGGCCCAGGAACAAGAGGCGAAGGCCAGGGCACGCGCCAAGUCUGCCUAUGCAAAGAUCACUGACGACGUGAUUGACGCCUGGAGCGAAUCCGACCUCAAAAAGUUUGCCGAUGAGAAUGGCAUCUCCGUCCCUCAGGGUACCAGGCUCAAAGAGUUCCGUGCCGCCGUGCGCCAGCACCGCGCCGAAAUCAUGGGCACCGACGUGCAUGGCAAAGCCACCAAGGCUUUCGGCGCUGCUACGAGCCGAGCCAGCAAUGAGUAUGCCAAGGCCAGUGAGGACGCCACCCUGAUUGCCCAAAAGGCAUUUGAGGAUGCCACUAGCGCCUGGUCCGAGAGCCGCCUCAAGUCGUACCUGGAUGCUCGCGGUGUCCCUAUUCCUCAAAACUCCAAUCUUGACAGUCUCCGCGCUCUGGUGCGCAAGCACUCGCACAAGGCGGCCUCUGGCUGGACAGCCUGGACCUUCGACGACCUCGAUAGGGAGACCCUCCAGAAGUAUCUCCAGAAGCACGGUGAUAAGGCUGCCAAGGCGGCUUCGAAGAAGGCCGAUGCCACCCGCGAGGAGCUCGUUAAGACCGCUCAAUCUGCCUACGCCAAGGCCGAGAAGAAGGGAGGUGAGGAGUAUGAGGCGGCUAAGAAGUACGGCACGGAGCUCAGUAACGAUGCUAAAGAUAAGACAUUCGAAGCUUGGUCCGAGUCGGAUCUCAAGGCGUACCUCGAUAGCUAUGGUGUCCCUGUUCCCCAGGGCUCCAAGCUUGACGAACUCAAGGCGCUCACCCGCAAGCAAUGGACCUAUUUCAAAUAUGGCACAACGACGCCUCAUGGUACCCUAUUUGCCCAAGUUGAGGAUGUUCUGGCGAAUGGCCUGAGCUGGCUUCAGAAGCAGAUCCGUGCUGGCUCCGAGGCUGCCAAAGAGAAAGCAGGAGAGGCUGAUGCUGCCGCUCGCAAGAAAGCGGCCAAGGUUCAGGAGGAGCUUUAA